AUGGAAAGUAGCAGAAAGAAGUCUGGUGGUGUUCAAAUUCCCAAGAGAAAGCUCUCUUUGGAUCUAAAGGGUGACCGUGAAUCUCAAUUUUUCAAGCCGGGAGUGAGUAAGAGGAAAGUUUCCAGUGAAUAUGAUGAAGUAGACGUUAAGAAGAAGAAGAGGAAGAUCCCUAAGGAGGUUCCUUUGAGUUCUUUUCUGUCUGAUGCUAAAAAGUUUAGGAAAAAGGAUGAUGGGAGUGGCUCGAAAAUGGAGCUGGGUUCCAGAGAGAAAUCAGGUGCCAGGCUCAAAUCACUGCACGAUGCCUCAUUACCUUUGGGAGAUAAUGGAAAAUUGUUUCACAUCCCUAAGCGGCCACGUGGUUCGGUAGGGCGGAAAAGGCCUGAAAGUGAUCAAGGCUCUGAGUCACUCAGACUUUCCAGUUCGGGAUCACUUAAGGGAGUGACUAAAUCAAAUAGUAAGGUUGGCUGUAAUGUCCAAUCGGUUAGGCGGACCGCCCCUUUUGUAGGCAACGGUGACACUUUGAAUUCGAGAUUAGCUGGGAAAGGCCCCGGUUCAAAUGCUAAACGCAAGAAAAAGGCUGUUUCGAGAUCCACCGAGGACUCCAAUAGUUCAAAUGUGAGACUGAAUCGGAAGGUGGGAUAUGAUAGUGUCAUCAAGAAAAGAGAUGAGCAUGUAGUGAAGCAAGAAAAUUGUGUUGUAAAUAAUGUAGAUGCGUCUAGGAAUAAAAAGAACUUAGACGUUAGUAUGGAUCGUGUUGAUGCCUCAGUUAGGGAACCCGUACCUGCAGCACGUAGUUCGGUCUCAAAUAGUCUCUCCACCACUGCCCUGGAUGAUGAGGACGAUGAAGAUGAUGAGGAGAACCUUGAACAGAAUGCAGCUAGGAUGCUUUCUUCUAGAUUUGACCCUAGUUGUACUGGUUACUCAUCAAAGGGAAAAUCUUCAGCAUCUCAAACGGCUAAUGAAUUGUUUGGUAACUCGAUCAGUCAAAAUGUGGAGUCUGGUGCUGGUGAUGAUAACAUGAGAUCACUUAGACCCAAAAGAGGAGAUAGCGGCAAGGUCUUGUCAAAGAAGCGCCGUCAUUUCUAUGAGGUCCUCGGCCAGGAUGUGGACCCUUACUGGGUUUUGAAACGGAGGAUCAAAAUAUUUUGGCCAUUGGAUGACUGUUGGUAUGAGGGCAUUGUGAACAAUUAUCGCACAACAGCAAAGCUUCAUCACAUAAAGUACGAUGAUAGGGAUGAAGAGUGGGUUAAUCUUGAAGAGGAGAAAUUUAAGCUCUUGCUUCUACGUAGUGAAAUUCCUGGAAAAGCUAAAUCUCAAAACCAAUUUUCUAGGGACAAAGAUUUAUACAGAGGACAAUUAGUUACUCGGGCAGAUGAUGAAAGCAGCAUAGGGAACUCUCUUGAUUCAGAACCUAUUGCAUUGUGGCUGGCCAGUCAAUCUCAACGUGUGAAGGCUUUGCCCAAGUCCCUGAAAAGACUAAAAACAUCAGAAUGUGACUUUCCUUUUGUCUCAUCAUUGGCAUCUGAGAAAGCUGACAUCUGGAAUGAUGAUAUGCAUGGUUCAGAUAUUACUGUAAAUAGAAUGGGUUGUGAGUGUGCAUCAGCAGAUAAUUCACUCGGUGACAAAUAUCUGUCGGGAAUUAUCUCAAAAAGUGACAAACAAUUGGUUUAUGUCAGGAAGAAGAAUCAGAAGAAAUUUGCUGGAAGUAGUUCUGUGCUUAGAGACGCCAAAACAUGUAAUGGUGCUCAAGAGCCUGGUACUCCUCUUGCAUCUGAUGCCGUUCGCUUGCAGACUAGUAAAUUGGAUAGGUUGAAUUGUUGUGGGCAUGUCAACUCUGACAAUGAAGUUUGCUCGUUUGAUGAUAAAGGCAAACUUGAUUUGUAUAAUACCUUGCUGGAGCCUAAAGAACCUAGAAUCUGGAUAUGUCUACCCUUAUUAUCAUAUACGGAGUUUUCAUGUACAAGAAAUUGUUUUUGGGUGUUUCAUGACAUAUUCUGGCUUCAACAUGGAGUGAUCGUGACUACCUCUUCUUCUGUUUUCUUUGAGAUGGUCCUCAUAGAUAGUAAUCUUGGCUUGAGACUUCUCUUUUAUGAAGGCUGCCUGAAACAAGCUUUAGCCAUUGUUUUCGAAAUUUUGAGGUUCUUGGAUCAAUAUGAUGAACAGUGGAAUGGAGACAAGAAAAUACCUGCCAUGUCAAUUUUGUUCCAAAUAUCCAGUGUUCAUGAUCGACGGAAGCAGCUUGUUUCUGCACCUUAUUGUUUCUCCGAACUCCAGAGAUCAAUGUGGCUUUGCCGGGAAUCAAAGAUUCUGCAACAGUGCCUUCCUGUUAAACAGUUGCGCCUUUCUGAGUGCACAGAUGACAAUAUAAAGGAACUUGAAUGUCGGAUUCUUCAGCCUCUCGAAUCUUAUGUUGGUUUCAAGCUCCCAUCAAGUGAGGAUUCCAAGAAGAAACUUGAGCGGCACCCAGAAGCCUGUAAUGCAAGGAUGAGUGAAUCUCCUCUCAGCUUAGCUGCAGAGCCUGGAAAAGUUUCUCAAUCACAAAUGUCUGUUCCCAGCUUGCAUAUCCGUUCACUCAUGCAUCAUAGUGUUGCCCGUGAGGAUUUCCGACGACAGGGUGUUACUUUCUCAAAAGAGUCUGCUGAACAAAAAUGUGACCAAUCUACAGCAAAGUGCUCUCAAUUUAAGCCCAGCUCAGUCAGUGUUCAAGAUAUCCCUUCGGAACAUGAAAUCAGACAAUCAGAUGCGGAUGGAUUUGUUCUAAACACCAGCACUGCAGGAUCCAAAAGUUCGUACAGACGUGGUAAAAGCAGCAGAAUAUCCUCUCCUCUUGGAUUUAACUCACAUUUCUGGUCCAAUGGUAAGCCAAACUUCAUGCCUGGACCCAAAAAGCCGCGCACUCAGGUUCACUACACAUUGCCUUGGGAGGGUAAUGAUAUCAGCAGAAAGCAAGAAACGCCCAGCUCACGGUCUGUACCUUGCAAGAGGAUUAGGAGAGCUAGCCAGAGGACACCUGAUGUGACAGGGAAUAAUGAGAAAAACUUGGAAUUGCUGUCAUGCUCUGUGAAUGUUUUAGUCACCAAUGAGGACAGAGGAUGGAGAGAUUGUGGGGCCCAUGUUUGCUUAGAAGUUGCCAGUGACAAUGAAUGGAGAUUGGCCGUCAAGUUCUCUGAGGUCACGAGAUUCUCGUACAAAGUCAAACAUAUUCUGCAGCCUGGAACAGUCAACCGCUAUUCACAUGCUAUGAUGUGGAAAGGGGAAAAGGAUUGGGUGCUCGAAUUUACCGAUCGGGGCCAGUGGACGCUUUUCAAGGAGAUGUAUGAGGAGUGUUACAAUCGGAAUAUUCGUGCGGCCUCCAUGAGGAACAUCCCCAUUCCUGGGGUCCGCCUGGUUGACGAGUACGACGAUUUCGGGCACAAGGCUCCAUUUGUCCGGAAUCCAGCAGUGUAUUUUCGGCAGGUUCAGUCUGAUGCUGAGCUGGCGAUGGACCCUUCCCAUGUUUUGUAUGACAUGGAUAGUGAUGAUGAGUGGUGGUUGAUGGAACAGAAAAAAUGUGCCGACAAACAUAAAUGUGAACACUUAUCUGACAACUUGUUUGAAAUGGCAAUGGACAUGUUUGAAAAAUUUGCAUAUUCCCAGCAUCGUGAAGACUUCACUGAUGCCGAAGUUGAGGAGCUAGCUUCUGGGGUGGGAUCCAUUGAAGCCGCUAAACUCAUUUAUCAACACUGGAGAAGGAAACGGGAAAAAAUGCGCAUGCCUUUGCUAAGACAUUUCCAGCCGCCUCCUUGGGAGAGGUAUCAACGACAGAUGAAGGAGUGGGAACAAAAUGUUGCCCGUGGAAAUUGUGUCCCCUCAGUUGGUGGCGCGGAUAAGGAAAAACCACCGAUGUUUGCUUUCUGCUUGAAACCACGGGGCUUGGAUGUACCUAACAGAGGCUCAAAACAACGGUCUCACAGAAAAUUUACCGUUUCUGGAAAGCAUCAUACUUUCUCAGGGGAUCGGGACAGUCCACUUAUUUAUGGGAGAAGAGCACAUGGGCAUGCUUUUGGAGGCAAAAUGUUGUAUACGAACAACGUACAUGAAGUUUCUGAUGUCCCACUCUACCCUUUAGCAAGGAUGUGGUCCCCACAAAACGCGCAUUUCUCUUCGAACACUGUAUGGAAAGUUAACCGUAAGGUUUCUAAGAAUAAGCACAAAAAGCUUUUAUCACAACUUUAUUCUCACUGUCAAAGGGAGACGUCCCAUACGGACAGAACAAUAGGGCACAAAAAUGGAGUCUGUCCAUGGGACAUAAAGCAGCUCGAGAUUUAUGAUCUCAAUGAGUUUCACUUACGUGAUGCCUUGGGUGCUGCUGAGCAUACAUGCAAAAUGGCCAAGUUCAAGAGAGACAAGGCACAAAGUUUGUUUUACAAAGCAGAUUUAGCCAUCCACAAAGCUCUAUCCUCUUUAAUGAACGCAGAGGCAAUGAGAGAUUCUUUUGAAAACUUAAAUGAAGUGAAUUAG